AUGCCGCAUGGUCGGUUCGUCGACAAGGUCUUGGAAGAGGGCAGCUCGGCGACUUGCAGUUUUUCGAAGUUGCACCUCCUCUUGUGGGGCAUGACCGGAAUGUUCCAUCUACACGCAGAUCACAAGCAUCUCCCCGUGCGCAUCUUUCGCGCAGCCGAAGCGAGAAUGCUGGACAGCGCACUCGACUUUCAGGGCUUCACGCUCUGGAUAAGUGCUUACACGCGCUCUUCGUCCCGCGCGGUGGACAUGGUGCUUAGUAUCAUGGACCUCUUCGGCGUAAACCUGGACGUGGGACAAUUUGGACAAGAUGACCGGACCAAAGCGACGAUUGCGAUGCUCCGAGCACUAAUGGCAGAUCCCCGCGCGACGGCAACCUGGCUCUACGUUGCACCCCGUAUGACACCGUCCAAGGAGCUCUCUACGUUGCCGCAAAUGCCAGAAACAAGCGAGAGCGGACGCGCGUACAUUCAUACGACAAAGGGACGGGUUCUUGCGUUUGAGGCUAUCGGGCGAGGUGCAAACAUCUGGCGCACCGACGGCGCACCGAGAGGGGAGAUGACGAACUCUGGCUAUUUCAUUUUUUGGGGCAAGGCCGCUCUAUUGGUCUACGAAGACAAGGACGAGCGACGAUCUCCUCUGCUGCCGAAAGGGUACGAUGAUCGCGAAACAUGGGCGAUUGUCGUCGGUCGAUUCGAAAACCUGAACCGUAAUCCGGUUACGUGGAAGAUACAAGGAUACAAUUCUGCUACGUCUGCUAAACCAGAAGGGCUGUACGAGCUGACCCUCAUGCUCGUAGAGAGGCACGGAUAUGGGCUGUACCACCGCGUGGGAAUGGAGAGGGAGAUCGACGAAAGGAAGGUUGCGGG